AUGGCAGAAGGAAGCGUCAUGACGGCCCCAGUGACAGGUCCUACUGGUCGCACAGACCCAACGUCAUCAUUCGAUACCUGGUUAUUACAAAAGCUUCGUCUCGAGUGGAGUUCGUGUGAGUUUGGUGGCCUCUUGACGUCUUCCAAGCUCGCAGAGGCUCGUGCUAGUUUUUCGCACUUAGAGACGCCUAUUAAGGUUCGUCUAUUGCUGUCACUAUUAAGCGUCCGCCAGGACGAAGUGGACGUUACUGGGACUACGGCACAGAACGAAGCAAAUGCGCUGCUGUUACUGGCAGAACAGGAUGCGGAGGAUUGGGUAAAGGUCAGCGCCGGUAUCGUCAAGCAGUUUCUAGUGCUCCAGGCUGUUGGGCGACCUGUGGACUCGUAUCUGCAUGCGCAGCUCGAAGCAACGGCCUCAAAAGUCGUGCAGACAGUUGCUACAUCCUCUCAGACACGUCGCAGUAGCAAGAGCUCAAUGGACGUGGCUCUGGACGACUUUUUUUCACUAGAGAACGGUCUAUUGAACCCGUCGCUGCGUCCUGCAUUGACACUGACGGCUGCUACGCACUUUACAGUGAAUGGAGAAGACGACGAUGAUAAUGACAAGGAGGACGAAGUGGGUACGUCACCUGUGAAGAAGCCGCUGCAUCGGCCGCAGAUGGCACGGCCGUUGGGAUCGUCAGGUGCAAUGACGGCUUCGGCUGCUGGUGCGACGACACCAGUUUCGAUGAGGUUGACGCAACAAACGACGAAACCUCUUGCAGGAAAAAAGAAUAUGGCCAAAAUGUCGUCGGAGAUCCGACGGAAAGCAGAUGCGGGGCGAUUUAAACGACAGAGAAGUCGCAUUUCGAUGAUUGACAUUAAUGAAGUGAAGCAGAUAAAGUCGGAGAAGGCGCAGAAGGCGGAAGAGAGGAAGAAGCAGAAAUUAGCAGCAAAGGAAAAAGAAAAAGCAAAGGAGAAGGAAAAGGAGAAGGAAAAGAUUGACGCAAUUGCAGCGGGUGUUGCUGCUGACGUAGAUGCGAAAAGCGGGGCUGCAGAUGCCAUUGCCACGUCAGCUUCGGUCAAUGAUGAGCAUGCUGCCAUAGCUGCUGAUAUUUUUGCAAUGCACCAGCAAGCUGGUCUGGACGACCCGGUGCAGCAGUAUGCUCAACACCAGAUGCAAGUGGAAGGCAGUGUCGAGCACGCUGAGGUUACCCCGGUCGCUGGAGUUGAGGGCGACUACAUUCCCGAUGGAACACAGGCGUUACUGAAUGCCGCUUUCCACUCCACACAAGACAUUAUGAAAGAGGUUGUGAGCCAGCAAAACCAGCACAUGCAGGGGCAACACCAAAUGCAGCACCAACAAUUGCAGCAGCCUCCGUACCAGGACCUAUAUCGAGCUCAGCAACAAAUGCAAAUGCAUCACUUGGCUCCUCAGCAGCAGUAUCACCAAGGAUUCGAGCCGGAGGGUGCUAGUAUCACCAACGCGAAUACUGGCGGUAUUCCAAUGGGAUUUGGAGGCUACAACUACGGCACUGCUGCGGGAUAUUUCGGCGACCAAUUUGGCAACUACGGCGCCCCACAGGAUACGAAUGCGUUCAGUUCAGCAGGGUAUCCUACUUCGGCUAUGGGUCAGCCGGAUAAUGGCAUGAAUGGCAUUGGACUGCCUUCUCUUGGUGGUCGACAGUUGGGUUUCGACCCUACGUCGCAGCAGCAACAGCACCAGCACCAACAGCACCAGUACCAGCAGCAAAAUAAUGGAGGAUACAUGGGUGGAUCCGGGGAAUUCUGGCGAUAG